CUUAUACUAUUAAUAUUGUGUACCCCGCAGUCAACACACACUCACAUAAACAACCUGCAAAUAUGAAUGAUGAUAAGAGUGACCAGAAAAUGUCUACUAAAUUGGAUAAUGUUGUUGGAACGUUUGGAGAUCGACCAUGUGGUUGUAAAGGCAUUCGAACUUGUCUUCUUUGUGAAAAAGAUUUGUUAAUUUUCCAAAGGAAUGAGUUGGUUGAAAAUCAACAAUUAGCUAAAACAAUUGUCUACACUUUUUGCUCCCAAUGUGGAACUAAAGCUUGGUUAAAUGAUGAUCAUCGCACUCAUCAUCUGAAAACAUAUGAUUCACACGAGGGAUCAUCAUCAUCAUCACCAUGCCAGCAAAAAAAAUCUAUUUCUUCAUCUAUUUUGAAUCCUACAAUUGUUACUGAAAAUGAUGAUGCUUAUGAAAAACUCUUACCUCAAUUUGUCCCGGUAAAAGGUAUAACCUUGAUAUCGAAUGUUAUUAAUGAAGAUGAGGAGCAAUUAAUUGUCUCUCUAAUUGAUGAUCCCGAAACCCCAUCACCAUGGGUCUCUUCACAAUCUGGUAGACGGAAACAAGAUUAUGGGCCUAAAGUUAAUUUUCGUAAGCAAAAAGUUAAAUUAACUGGUUUCCAUGGUUUACCUGAUUAUGGCCAUAAAUUAUUUCGUAAACUGUCAAUGGUCACCGAGGUUUUAAAUGAUUUUAUUCCCGUUGAACUUUGUAACUUGGAAUAUGUUCCUGAAAGAGGUUCAUCAAUUGAUCCUCAUCUGGAUGAUGAUUGGCUUUGGGGUGAAAGAUUAGUUACAAUUAAUUUGAUCUCAGAAACGCGAUUAACAUUAAGUCCAGUUGUACGGUCACAGGGAAAGGACGAUAACCAUAGUCAACUGGAUGGAGAUUAUAAUCAUCGAAAUGUGGAAAUUGAGAUUCCGUUACCUUGUCGAAGUUUAUUAAUUCUCUACGAUGAAGCUCGAUAUAAAUGGUAUCAUGCAAUUAAGAGGGAACAUAUUACCUCACGUCGAAUUGGAAUAACAAUUAGAGAAUUGACUUCUCUCUUCUUGCCAAAAGGUCAACUCUAUUCAUCUAUUGGCGAAGAAAUUUUAUCGAUUGCUAGUAAACAGCUUUCGUGUAAAUUGUCACAAUCAGAGCAACAGUUAGAAGAGGAAGAAAAAACUUACAUCGAUAAUUCAAACAUUAAACUCUUAGGAAGAUAAUUGUACAUAUAUAACUGUGUCGAGAGAAAACCAAAUGAUUGAUAAAAUUCAACAACAUUUUACUUCAACUGAUUAAAAAAAAACAAAGAAGCAACCAGAAAACAAUUGGAAACUAAUCAAAUCAUCAGCUACUAAGAUCUACAAUUAAAAUGAAGAAAAUCAUUUGUUCCAAAUAUUAAGAAAAAAAACUAAUAACUAUUAAAUUGUAAAUGUAGAUCUUGGUGGCUGUGAUAGAACAAGAAGAAAGACAGAUUGUGAAAGGAAAACAAAAACAAUUAAUAUCAUUGUCAAAUUUUUUUAGGGUAAUUAAAAAGCUGUAUUUACUUACAAUUAAUUGAUAAGUUGAAUAAAUUUGCUUUUCUAUGGCAAUCAGAUGA